GGACUUUUGACUCUGAAGAUUGCCGUCCAAUGGGCAGUAAAAGUGUUUGGAAUCCUAGAAAAAGAAAAAAGACAAAGCUAAUUUUUAAUGCCACUAAUUUAGUCAUGUUAUCCUGUACCUUGAAAACCCAUCAGUCAUACUUUAUUAAAUAACGGAAGUUCCAAAAGGAGGAGACACUCGCAUACAUAAACCAACCAGAAGACCCUUGUUAUGAUCACGAAAACAUGGCAGGUAAAGAGAAGAUAGUUUACCAUGGUGAGAACAGAGACAGUGAAGGAGAUGAUCAUAAUCAUGGUGAAGAAGAGGAAUUGGAACUCCCACUGGAAAAGCUGAGUCUGGGUCCAAAAAAGAAGCUUAUUGUUCUUUCCCUUGGUGGUGUGCUCUGCGAGAGGGUCUGUCGCAGGGACACGUCGAAGAUUCCAAGAAAUCGCAGUCCUGAUGCUUCCUAUGGAAGCAUGUUAGUGUACAAGAGGCCUUAUGUUGAAGAUUUCAUUAAAUUCUGCCUUGAAAAGUUUGAAGUAGGAAUAUGGUCUUCUGCAAGGGAAUGGUAUUUGGAUGAUGCUUUGAAUUGCAUAAUGUCUGGGUUGAGGAGCAAGUUAUUAUUUGCUUGGGACCAAACUUACAGCAACAAUACCGGGUUCUCUACCUUAGAAAACAAGAAUAAGCCAAUAUUCCUGAAGGAAUUGAACAAAAUAUGGGAAAAGAAGAGUCUGUGUAAAGGGAAGUUCUCUUCGUCAAACACUUUGUUGAUCGAUGUCAAUCCAUACAGAGCUCUGCUGAAUCCGCCUCAUACUACAAUCUUUCCAUCUGAAUACAAGGUGAACCAAGCUGGUGAUGAUGCUUUAGGUAGGAAUGGUGCUUUGAGGGUUUACUUGGAUGGACUGGCGAAUGCAGAUAAUGUGCCAUCGUAUGUGAAGGAACACCCUUUCGGGCAGCCUCCAGUCUCUGCUACUCAUCGUGAUUGGGUUUAUUAUUCCAAAAUUAUCCGUUCCCUCGGAAAAGAAACUGUUUCCGGUUCCGGGAGUUGAAUAUGCUAACGCAAAGACUGUUUAACAGACCUAGAUAAUGGUCUCUUCUCUUGUAUUCUUGUGUCGAAUACAAGAAAUAAAUAAAAAUGUCUUUUUUUUACAA